AUGUCUGUUUGGCGCAAUUUGAAAUGGACAAUCAAGGAUUACACCUCACAUUUUCAGUUAGAUCGGUACUAUGCUUUGUUUCAGGAUAAGAUGCCUAGAGAAUUGACAAAAUCUCAUGGUGUGACUAAUGGAUCACACUUUCUAUAUUUCAAUCCGUCAUUCACCCAGUUGUCAAAAGAUGGGUAUUUCGAGUAUCAGACGCCUUCAGCUUUGGACAAAGAUAGAAGUGCCUUCUUUAAGAGGCGAGUAUGGGCAGGGGGGUCUGUUACACACUCAAAGUCUUUACAACUGGACACAGAAUACACUUGCAUUGAAAGCAUCAAGAGCUUGAAAAAGUACGGGGAUGGCACAUUUGUCACUAUAGAGAGGGCUAUUAGAGGAGGUGACAAAGAGUGUUUGAAAGAAGUAAGGACAUUGGUUUAUACAAACUCUUCUCCGCUGGUCAAGCCACUUAGUAUUUCAAAUCAGGGCCACGAAAUUGGAAAUGUAUUGUUCACAGAAAUGGAUGUAAUAAGAUAUGGGCAAUUGACAUCUAAUCCACAUAGGAUUCAUUGGGAUGUAGAUUAUUCCAAAACUGUUGAAAGUUAUGAUAACAUAAUUGUGCAGGGCCCAUUUUCCGUGCAAAUAUUGGUUUCCUUUGCUGAAUCUUACUUAAAAAGACGUAUCAAGAAGUAUCGAUACUAUAACUUGAAUAAUAUAUACCCUGCUAAGCCAAUUGCUGUGGUGGCCCUGAGAAAAACUGCAUUUUGUUUAGUAGACUCGAACUAUCCCAGAAUUGUAUAUACAAGAUUGGAAAUUAUUGAAUAA